AAGGGCUCCGCUGCGAGCCAGGCAGCGGCGAGAGCGGUGAGGCCAGGAGGGCAGCGCGCCCGGCAAUUGGGCAGGUGGGCGCCGCCUUGCGCUCACCUCGACGCCCGCUGUCGACGCCCUGCGACGCAGGCACGCGACGCUGCUGGAAUGCAAGGCGGUCCUUUAGCGAGCGGCGACGCCACGGCGACGGCGACCGACGGCCGGUUGACGCAAUGGCUCGCCCGUCGAAGCUUCGAGAGAUGCGGUGCUCGUCGCUCACAGAUGGGGCCGCUGCCAUGGAGACCCGCCCGUUUGACGUGUCCGCUAGCGCACCGCUUUUCACUCCACGGGCCCGGGGAAGCGCCACACAGACAUCAAUUUCUCCAGGCCGUUCCAGCCUAGUCUCACCGCAGCUUGCAUUCUGAGUUUGGCGGCACCAGCACCGACCAUGGGGGAUUCGCAAAACCUCCGGCGAGCCCUGGUUCUCUAUGGUUCCGAAACAGGCAACGCCCAGGAUGUCGCCGAAGAGAUGGGAAGGCUCGCUGAGCGCCUGCGCUUCGACACGGAAGUCGCAGAACUGAAUGCAGUCAGCCUAAAGCAAUUGCUGCAGCACGACGUCGUUCUGGUCGCCAUCUCCACCACCGGCCAGGGUGAUCUGCCCCCGAACAGCCAGGCCUUUUGGAAGGCGCUGCGCAGUGUCCGACUACGGCCAGGAUGUCUGCAGCGAAUGAAGUUUGCGUCUUUCGGACUUGGAGAUACUUCGUAUCCAAAGUACAACUGGGCACAUCGCAAGCUCUACAAUCGCCUCGUCCAGCUGGGAGCACAGCCAAUAUGUGACCGUGGAGAGUCAGACGAACAGCAUCCUGAAGGUAUUGACGGCUCCUUCCUUCCAUGGACAGCAACUCUACGCAGCAGUCUCCUCCAGGAGUAUCCUCUGCCUGAGGAACUAGAGCCGAUACCGGACGGUGUUUUGCUAGACCCAAAAUGGGUGCUAGACUUCGACAGCGCUGCACCAGCAGAUGCCCAUGCUGCAUCACAGACCAAUGGUAAGGUAGAAGAGAUCCCACCUCAGGACCUGCUCGACAUUCCUGGCGGUCUCACAGCAAAUAUUUCGUCCAACGAAAGAGUAACACCAGAAACACAUUGGCAGGACGUGCGUCACUUAAAACUGGACAUCGAAGGCUCACAUCCCUACCUUCCCGGAGAUGUCUUGACAAUAUAUCCCAAAAACUUUCCGUCGGAUGUUGACCAGCUCCUUGCCGUUAUGGACUGGACGCCUAUCGCUGAUAAGCGUAUAAAGUUCACGCCUUCUUCCUCGUCUGUCUCCCCCACCGCCCGCCUUCCCGUACCCACCUUCUCGUCCACUAGUACUACGACCCUACGACAGCUUCUCACAAAUCACCUUGAUAUCCUAUCUAUUCCACGACGGUCAUUCUUCGCCAAGCUCGCUCACUACACGAGUGACGAGUUCCACCGAGAUCGACUCUUAGAGUUCACGGAUCCAGAGUACAUCGAUGAAUUGUAUGACUAUACCACCCGUCCACGGCGUAGCAUCCUCGAAGUACUGCAAGAAUUUGAAAGUGUGAAGAUCCCUUGGCAACGAGUAUGCGACAUCAUUCCUGCUUUGCGCGGGCGGCAGUUCAGUAUUGCAAGCGCAAUGACUGAAACACCGGGCGCAGAAGGCAAAGACAAAAGCACAAGGGUCGAGUUGCUUAUUGCGAUCGUCAAGUACAAGACAGUGAUAAAAAGGAUCAGACAGGGUGUAGCCACGCGGUACAUCGCCAGCUUCACGCCAGGCCAGCAGAUCACUGUAACUCUCUCACGUGGUGGACUAGGUGCCACUCAUGACGAAUUAGACAGGCCAGUCGUCAUGAUCGGCCCUGGCACAGGUGUAGCACCCAUGCGUGCCCUCACACAGCAGCGGAUACAAUGGCGCAAUGCUAAUGCCCGAUAUCACGAAGCCGCCGCAAAAGAUGUAUUAUUCUUUGGCUGCCGAAAUGCUGAAUCAGAUUACUUCUUCAAGGACGAAUGGAGAUCUCUUAUGGACAGUGGUGCUCCGUUCGAAGUCUUCACUGCUUUUUCUCGAGAUCAGCGGCAGAAGGUCUACGUCCAGGACAUUGUACGCCGACAGAGCGCACUUGUAUAUGAUAUAAUUGCAAACAAGAAUGGAAUAAUAUACAUAUGUGGCUCGUCGGGAAAGAUGCCGCAAGCAGUGCGCGAAGCACUGAUCGAAGGGUUCCAAGAGCACGCGCAGUCGACUAGGGAGGACGCAGAGGCGUAUUUGGUGGCGCUUGAGAAAAUCGGGAGAUAUAGACAAGAGACAUGGUAGUUAGUUUCAUGUCGUGGAACAU